UUUCGACGAGUACAAGCGUGGGAGUUCAGGGAAUCGACUGAAGACAUGAAGCGUCUAAGAGACGGAAGGCAAGCUCGGCCCCUAGGGGCAAAUGGUGAUACGACGGGACACCCUAGCGGAGACCAGCAGCCUGAAGUCCCGGCACCUGCCGACGAACCAACGACACACCGGACUCGCGGCUGGAUCGUCGACCCCAAUGGGCCAUCCGCCUCCCGUCAAGCCCAGCUGAGGCGGGUCGGAGAGGCGACACUUCGACAACAGGACAGGAUGCCAUGGUGCCGGCGCGCGGCAGCCAUCCAAGGGUGGAUCAACCAACAAACCGAGGGCCCGGGGACCGACGCCGAAGAGGAAGUAGAGCCCGAUGGCCGCUUCGCAACCGCAGGUGUCCGCUCGGCGCCCAAUCACGACGUCGCCGCCCUGAAUCGCCAUUGGUUCGGGAGUUAUGGGGCUGCCAUCGACGACGACAACGCGACCACGGACACCGACGAGCACGAGACGAUAAUACGCGACGCUCAAAGCCUGGCGUCCACGCUGCAGGACGAAGGGAACCGACACCCACUGGCUCGCGGGAACGAAUGGGACUCGCCUCUUUGGGCCGAGUGGAACCUGGCCGGUCAAGGUCGGGCAGCCACCCCUCUAGCAGUACACAACCCGCCGCAGUUGAAUGCGAGCAUCACGCGAAUGAUGCCACCUUACACACACACGUAUAGAACGUAUCUAAUUGGGUUUACGAUAAAGAACUCUUGUUUCCCUUCCUCUGAAUGCAACUCGAUAUGAACUGUAAUUAUGGGAAAACGUUUCUCUUGUUUCGUGUCGUUUGCAGCCUGACCGCUAUGUGCCCG